AUGACGUCAACGAAGACGGAGGAUAUAAGGAAGAACUCGGAGGCGGGAGACAGUGUCGCGGAUUCCUCGUCCUCCUUGUUGUCGGACGGCGAAGUCGGUGGGCGACGGUCCGUGGGUCGAGCUCCGAACGCCAUGGAAGCUAGCCAGAAGCCACGCAUCAUCACCCAGGUUUGCCCCAUCGUGCAAUUCCAGCCUACCCGCCUUCUUCACCUUCUUGGACUCGGGGUGAAUGCAUCUGCCGCUCCAACCAAAUUCUCAGCUGUUCUAACACUUCUUCCACCGCUUUGGGGCGGGUCUGCCACUCCCACACCGUUGGAGGCCUUCACGCAGAGCAAGAAUUGCCUUUCUGGCAGACGGUUCCGCUCUGUUUCUUCCCCGAAUCGCCGUUCAACUUCGCGAGCACUCUCCGGUAUCCGAAUGCGGAAGGAUAUGGGAGCAGAGGCGUUGAGGGGGGGAGGGGGAGUGGGCGAGGAGGAGGAAGGAGAGGAGGAAGGGGAGGGGGAGGGAGAGGAGGGGGAGGGGGAGGGAGAGGAGGAGGGGGAGGGAGAGGAGAAGGGGAUCUGGGACUCAUGCAUUCCCCGUCUAUGCCUCCGGGAAAAUUUCGUCUCAAAAUUUGCAUGGAUAUUCGCCACGUUCGUGGUGGGUCUCAACGGAUGUUUUUGGGGGAUGAUCAUCGGAUACUCUGCCGUGGCCUUGCCCUCCUUCGAAGACGAUCCGAAUCGGCCCUUCGACAUGACCGACGGGGACAAGGCCUUCUUCGGAAGCAUCACGAAUCUCGGGGCCAUGGCAGGAAGUCUCAUCAGCGGUCCCGUGUCGACUCGCUUCGGGAGGAGAGUCACUCUGGCACUGGCCUUGGUGCCGAUGGCAAUCAGCUGGGGAGUGGUGGCAUUCCCUCCCAACCUGACCCUCAUGAUGGCGGCCCGCUUCCUGGCAGGAAUGACGGCCGACUUCAGGACGUCGACGUGCCAGGUGUACAUCGGGGAGAUCGCACACCCGUCCAUGAGAGGGGUCCUGGGCGCCAGUCCCAUGCUCCUCCUCUCCCUGGGAACCAUCUUCACGGUCGGUCUCGGCUGGUUCCUGCACUGGAAGACCCUGGCGAUCAUCCUCGGCAUCAUUCCCCUCGUGAACUUACCUCUCCUCUUCCUCAUCCCCGAAUCUCCCGCCUGGUUCUUGGCGAAAAAUCGCGACGGAGAAGCCCGGAAGGCGCUCCAGUGGAUACGAGGCUCUCACUACGACAUCGAACCGGAGAUGAAAGAGAUGGAGGAUCGUCGCGAGCUCAUCCGAGGAACCAAGACGAAAAUCAGGGAAGUAUUUCGAUGGAUGUACGUGAAGCCGGUGCUUCUGACCGUGGUCGCCUGCGCUUUUCGCCAACUCACCGGCAUCUAUUCUCUCCUCUACUUCACGGUGGACAUCUUCCAGAUGGCCGGGAGCUCCAUCGACCCCAAUCUGGCCACCCUCCUCAUCGCCGUCGUCCAGUUCGUCUUCCAGUGCAUUUCUGGCUUCCUGUUCGACAGAGUGGGCCGCAAGAAAAUCAUGAUGCUGUCUUGCACUCUGAUAAGUAUCGCCCACGCCAUCUUCGGCACCUAUAAUUACUUGGAUUCGGAAGGGAGGAUCCACGGUCUCGGUUGGGUCCCACUGGCAUCGAUGGGCCUCUUCAUCGUCGGAUACGGCUCGGGUGUCAGCUCCUUGGCCGUCCUCUUGGUCAGCGAAUUUCUACCCGAGAAGAUCAAGGACAUCGGAGGCGGGAUCAUCAUCUGCCUCAACGGCCUCAGUUCCUUUCUCGUCGUCGACACCUUCUUCCUCAUGCAACAUUCCUGGGGAAUGCACGGUACUUUCUGGUUCUACGGCGGGUGCUCCGUUUUCCUGGGGAUCUUCGUCCUCGUCUUCCUGCCGGAAACCAACGGCGAGUCCCUGGCGACGAUCGAGAGGAAGAUGACCAUGAAGUCGCUGGACAUCAAGGCGGACUUCCUAGAGGCCGUGAUAGAGAAGCCAAAAGACAGAUCCUUGUCGUGACCUAGACCUCGUCCUUCCUCUUUCUUCGCUCGCUCGUGCGCACCUCUUCGAUCUGGAAAAUGAAACUUUCGUCCCCCAUCUCGCCACCGCACGUCGUUUCUCUCGUCCGUUUGUCCUCAAAGGCUUGGAGACGUGUGCGCAGUCCUUUUUAUGUCGCCUCCAGCACGAAAUCAAAUAUGUUACUUUUUCUAGAAAAUGCACAAAAGCUGCCCUGAAAGGAUGAAGAUGAUUUAUGAUGGUGGCAAAAUGAAACCAUAUCAGAUUUAAAUCACGUCCUGUGAUUUCCCUUUGGAUGAUAUGUAUGGAAAUAAAAUGCAUGGUUUUAUUUGAC